GGCCAAGGAAGGUAUUGCAGCUCACGUCAGGGUGCGUUCUGCCAUCGAUAUUGACACUUCAUCGGAUGUUAAUAAUUAUCAUCUGUCAACAUGGAGCUUGUCACCAUGGUCGAUGAACAGGACAACAGGUAUACCUUCAAACGGUACCAAGGAUACCCGUUCAACAAAGAAGCUAUUGGAAAUGUUAGAGAUCAUCUGGAUAAAAUAGCAAAAUGCGACAUUAAAACCGACGAUGUUGUCCUUUGUGUAUUUCCGAAGUCUGGUACACAUUGGCUCUACAACACCGUGAUGAUGUUACGAUCAGGAUCAUUGAAAUAUCAAGGAACACCUGUAGCAAUGGAAUUUCAUGACUUUGAUGAAAUCGAGAAGAUGCGGUCUCCGAGGACGUUCGCCUCCCAUCUGCGUUUCCGGUUCCUCCCCGAACAGAUGAAGCUCGGAAAAGGGAAAAUUGUCACCAUCACCCGUAAUCCGAAGGACAUCGUGGUAUCUCUAUAUCACAUGAUGCAAAACAUGGGCGAUAUCGGCUACCAGGGAACAUUUGAGGGUUUUUUAAAGAGAUAUGUCACCGAAGAAUGUUUCAUGGGAAAUGGUUCCUGGUUUUCUUGGAUAAAAGACAUGGAGGAAUGGAAAAGUCCAAAUUUGUUUAGCCUUUCAUACCACGACUUCAAACAGAAUACAUAUGAGAACGUGGUUAAGUUAGCCAAGUUUCUGGAAGUUGAUCAUGAUGAGGAGUUCUUACGAUCAGUCUCACAAAGUGUUCAAUUUGACAACUUAAAAGAAAGUCACAAAGUGUCGACUCCACUAGGUGACCGAUGGAAACAUCUUUCUGAGGGUGGACGGCUACCAGUAUACAGGAAAGGGAAUGUUGGAGAGUGGAAAAACAUGUUCACUGUUGCCCAAAGUGAAGAGUUUGAUAUGUUAUUCAAGGAAAAGGUAGAAAAACUUGGUCUCAAAAUUAAACCUAGAUUUGAGUAAGGAAGCCCUUUAUAACAUGUCGCCAAAUAUUGCCAAUUUUUUUUAUGAUAAUAAUAAGAAAAGAUGACCAGACAACAUCCGCAGGAUUUUAGAAAACUAAUCACAGUUAUCACAAAAUAUAUUUGUGUCAGUGCCGAUAAUAUAGCACAAGAUGAGGAAAUCGAUCUUACUGACGAUCGGAACGCUUUGCAUGCAUGCCCAAUAGGAAGGCACAUCAUAUAUCCAAGGGAGUGAAAUAAGGAUGUAGAAGAACGUGCAAGAUUUAUAAGCGUUUCUUCAAACUCUGAGGAAUAAGAUACUGUUUAAAAGACAUUAUGUACUUGUUAGUUUUUGGAUGAGCCGACUGAUGUCUGAGAAACUCCAAAUCAUCACGCUGUAGACGCAAUUAAACGCAAACAACAGAAACACUCCACAAUGGACGCUUUUUAAGUUCUACAAGGUACUGCUAUGUGUUAAUCAGAAAAUCUUAUUGGUAUUAAUAUAUGUUAUAUGUAAUUAUGAGCUGUAAGCUGAAGUCAAUAAAAUGAAUUG